AUGGGGAUGAAAAACAAAGCUUGCAACAGGUUCCUAAUGCUGUAUACUCUUGGUUAUCCUCUCACUGCCAAGGAUUGCAAAUGUACAAAGCCCGAGGAAGAACGAUUGCGAGCCCUGCUGGAUUCUAAACUCAUGAAGGCAAGCCAAAGCUUCCUGCAGCCCGAGGUCGGUGAGCUCGGCGACGCGGGAGGUGAGGGUUCUCUCCACGUCGGAGCAGAGGACUUUGGGGUCUCUGGUGACGGCGGCGGUGACCUCGGCGCUGGAGAGGCCGAGAUUGGAGAGGAAGGCGACGACCGCGUCGGGCCUCGAGGCGUCCUUCAGAUGGGGGACACUCUUCGACGCCUUCAGGGCCUGGGCUCGGGUGAGGCCGCAGGUGGCGACGAGGUAGUCCUCGACGGCGAACGGGGUUGCAGCGACGCAUUUGGUGGCGGAGAGGAGGCGGUGGGGAUAGAAGAGAGGGGAGAUGUGGGGGCAAGGGCCGCGGAGCCGACAAGAUUAGCAAAGCCCAGGCCCAGCACAUAUACCUUCGGUCUCCUCUCUUCCACUGUGUCCCAAAAGCUUGAAACCCUCCCGGCGGCGGCGGCGUGUACCGCCAGCGGAAGCUCCCGGCGCUCUCAUCCGGUGAAAGAAAAGAGGGAAAAGAGACAGGAGCCGGCUCAAAUGGACAGCGGAAGCGAUUCCGACGGCGCCCCAGAGGAGCUCACCGCCGUCCAGGGUGUUGAGAAGCACGAAGAGAUCAGUAAAGUUGAGAAGGACAGUGCUAUCAGAGCAACACGGGAAGGAAAGGAGCGGAGGAAACGUUGGGCCCAACGAAGAGCAUCCUCUAAACCAGAUAAGAAGGCGCCGAAGGAAGUAGAAGAUGAAGAUACCAAACAAAGUGAGGAGAAUGAGGAGACAAAUACAAUGCCUGGAAUGCUCCCCACUAGUGUAAUUGAAAUUCUAGCAGCUCGUGAGAAGCAAACUUUCGCAUCAGAUUCUGAGGAAGAAAAUGUAAAGCAGAAGGUUCAGAAAAGGAAGAAGAGAAUGAAAACUGAUGGGCCUGAAACUAUUCUGCUGAAAGAUGUCCGGUCAACGCAACACGUGAAGAAUGCCCUUGAUUUCUUGGAGCAAAGGAGAAAUCGGGUUCCAAGAUCAAAUGCAGUUUUGAAGAAUGCCAGUAAGGCUUUGCGUCUCCUGUCUUCAAAAGGCAAUUUUCUAAGUUAA